CAACAAAUAACAAAAAAUCGAACCGGGAAAAGCACACUUUUUGUGUUAAAACGCGUUAAAAUCGCGUGAAAAACGUGCAAAAUGUUCUUAAAACAGUUCACCCGUUUGUUGAAACCGUCUACACUAGUCGCAUUCACAGAACCUCUCAAGCGCCUUCCGGCUCUAGCAGCAGUUCCGGCUUCCCGGUGGAACAACAGCCCCGCAUUUGCCCUCAACGGCCACCAUCGAUGGAACAGCUCCAGUGCUGUGGUACCGCUGGCCGAUAAGAGCACGGCGGAAGCGAUUAACAAACAGCUGGAAACCGGAACCGAGGGUCGGUUGUUCGCCGUGGUGCAGCUGUGCGGUAAACAGUUCAAGAUCACGACCGGAGAUAUCAUCGUGGUAGAAGGAUACUGGCCACCGGAGAAUGGAGAUUGGUUACGGCUGGACAAGGUGCUGCUUGCUGGCGGCAGCGAUUUUUCCCUGAUCGGCCGGCCCCUCCUGGCACCGGGUUUGGUCGAUGUACAGGCAACAAUCGUCGAGAAAACGCUGUCGCACACUCGUACCCACUUCCGCAAGAAGCGCAGGAAGCAGUACAUGCGCAUCAACUUCUAUCGCAACCAACAAACGAUGAUCCGCAUUAAUUCGAUUGAAAUCACCAGAAAGUUGGCCGAAUCUGGGGCGCCCGAGGCUACCGGGGAUAGGUUCUUCUAGGGAAGGAGGACUGUUUUUGCUGUGUGUUAGUAGAGAUGCAAUUAAAAGAAAUUUA